CAUUACGCAUGAAGCAACAGAGUUCAGAGUGCUGUCAUCCACCGCGGAUCUAAACCUGCGACAGACUGAUCUCAUUUGGAACAGGAGAGAGAGAGAGAGAAGGAGAUGGACCAGGCUGAUGGUGUGUACGAGUACUAUGACUACGGGGAGACGGAGAACUCCACCAUGUGUGACUACUCCGAGUGGACGCCGUCGUACUCCGUCAUCCCCGUGCUCUACAUGCUCAUCUUCAUCCUCGGUCUCUCUGGCAACGGGGUGGUCAUCUUCACCGUGUGGAGGGCCCAGGGGAAGCGCAGAGCUGCGGACGUCUACAUCGGCAACCUGGCGCUGGCCGACCUCACCUUCGUGGUCACGCUGCCCCUGUGGGCCGUCUACACGGCCAUGGGCUACCACUGGCCCUUCGGGCCGGCCCUGUGCAAGGUCAGCAGCUACGUGGUCCUGCUCAACAUGUACGCCAGCGUCUUCUGCCUCACCUGCAUGAGCUUCGACCGCUACCUGGCCAUCGUGCACUCGCUGUCCAGCACGCAGCUGCGCUCCCGCGGCCACACGCGGGGCUGCCUCGUCGCCAUCUGGCUGCUGUCGGGGCUCCUGGCCGCGCCGACUCUCCUCUUCCGCACCACCAAGUACGACCUGGCCAGCAACCGCACGUCGUGCGCCAUGGACUUCGGCCUGGUGAUGUCGAGCAAAGAGCAGGAGAACCUGUGGAUCGCCGGCCUCAGCAUCUCCUCCUCGGCGCUGGGCUUCCUCCUGCCCUUCAUGGCGAUGAUGGUGUGCUACGGCUUCAUCGGCUGCACCGUCACCCGCCACUUCAACACGCUGCGCAAGGAGGACCAGCGCAAGAGGAGGCUGCUGAAGAUCAUCACCACCCUGGUGGUGGUGUUCGGCGCCUGCUGGAUGCCCUUCCACGUGGUGAAGAGCGCCGACGCGCUCUCCUACCUGGACCUGUUCCCCGCCACCUGUGCCUUCCUGCGCUUCCUGCUGCUGGCCCACCCUUACGCCACCUGCCUGGCCUACAUCAACAGCUGCCUCAACCCCUUCCUCUACGCCUUCUUCGACCUGCGCUUCAGGUCCCAGUGCCUGUGCCUCCUCAACCUGAAGAAGUCGCUGCACGCCAGCCCCGCCGGCUCCCUGUCCUCCCAGAAGACAGAGGCCCAGUCCCUGGCCACCAAGGUGUGACGCCAGCUGAGGGCCCCGAGGCGUGCUGGGACUGAGGUGACACAUGCAGGACAAUGCAGGUGAUUCAGAACUAUGCAGCGCCGGGUGCCGGUCAGGGUCAAGGUGUCAUCCUUCGCCCUCCUCUGACUGUGGACUGUUGAAGGUGGCGGUCCUGUUUGUGGAUUUGGGGUCUCACCGUCCUCACUCCACCCCCGCCCUCACUUUCAGUAGCAGCAGGGGGAUGAAGCAAAACUGAACGACUUAGAAUAAGGGACCAAGACCAGACUUUAUUUUUCUUUUGAAAAAAAGUGGAAUGUAUUUUAAAAAGGACAACACACUCAUGAGUUCCUGUGGACUCUCUGAGCUCUGAACUCGAGUCUAAUACUCAUGCAUUUGCCCCCGCUGUUCUUGUGUUCAUUUGUAAGCACUUGAGGUGUGAACUCUACCAGACUGUCCCGCUCUCGCCAGCCAGCGAAUGUGGUAUCUGCUGCAUCACAGUCAGCAGUGUAAAGUGUCUCUGUGUGUGUGUGUGUGUGUGUGUGUGUGUGUGUGUGUGUGUGUGUGUGCGCGUGUUUGUAGGAAGGGUGUGCCAGCCAUUGAUAGGUGUUGGAGUCUGAUAAGAGUGUUGUAAGGAGAGACGGGUGAGUGUGAGGCCGGGUGGGAGUCACAGACAGACAGACAGACAGAUGGCAGCUGACAAAUGUUUUCAGGCUGGAGGCGGGCCCAAUUAAAAGGUGACUGCUUUGACAGUCUGCUGGUGUGUGUGUGUGUGUGUGUGUGUGUGUGUGUGUGUGUGUGUGUGUGUGUGUGUUUGUGUGUGUUUAUG